GGGAAGUUGUGCCCUUUAUUUACCAUAACAACCACUAGGUGUCUCAUUCCAUGUAGGGGCAGAGGAUUGCAUGUGUAUUUCUUUGGAGCAUCAACAGCAGAGCAUGCAUCAGUGGUUAGCCUCCCCACAGUUACAAUGACAGUGCUGUGGUAGCUGUUUCAACGCGCGCUCUGUGAUCUCCGUCUUCUUGUUCAUAAGAACCUUUGGAGUCUAAUCGAAAUCUAAAUCAUGGCUUUGGGACCAGAAAGUCUCAGACGGCGAAUCAAGCAGCUGUUGGAAAAACCGGGGAAUGGAAACUGUGCAGACUGCAAAGCAGCAGAUCCAGAAUGGGCUUCUUACACCCUGGGAGUGUUGGUGUGUCACAUUUGUUCAGGACUCCACAGAAACAUCCCUCAGAUCAGCAAAGUGAAAUCUCUCCUGCUGGAUCCCUGGAACUCGUCUGAGUUAGAGUUUAUUGACAGCAUUGGGAACAAUGCUGCCAAGGCCAAAUAUGAAAACAUCGUACCUGCCUUCUACUACUGUCCCACAUACAGAGAUUGCCUGCUCCUAAAGGAACAGUGGAUCCGAGCCAAAUACGAAAGGAAGGAGUUCAUGUGUGUGGAGAGGCAGGAGGCGUACUCGGCAGGCUACAAGGAAGGGUUUCUAUGGAAACGAGGAAGGGACAACGGGCAAUACCUCAGUCGAAAAUUCAUUCUGUCCGAACGUGAGGGUGUUCUCAAAUAUUUCACCAAGCUUGAUGCCAAAGAGCCCAAAGCAACGCUGAAGAUCAGCAGCUUGAAUGCAACUUUCCAGCCAGAUAAAAUUGGCACUGCUCAUGGGCUGCAGAUCACCUAUUUGAAGGAUAACAGCACCAGAAAUGUCUUUGUUUACCAUGAAGAUGGCAAGGAAAUAGUGGACUGGUUUAACGCCAUCAGAGCUGCCAGGUUUCACUAUCUGCAGGUGGCUUUUCCUGGCGCUUCUGACUCUGAACUAAUACCAAAGGCAACUAGAAACUUCAUUAAGGAAGGUUACAUGGAGAAAACCGGUCCAAAACACACAGAAGGCUUCAAGAAGAGGUGGUUUUCAAUGGAUGACAGGAGGCUCAUGUACUUCAAAGAUCCACUGGAUGCCUUUGCGCGGGGAGAAGUGUUCAUUGGCAGCAAGGAAAACAGCUACAGUGUACUUCCUGGAUUACCUGCCAACAUCCAGGGAAACCACUGGCUCUACGGAAUCACCAUCAAGACCCCAGACCGGAGUUUUCUGUUUGCAUGCGAGACUGAAAAGGAUCAAAAAGACUGGAUGGUGGCAUUACAGCUGGUAAUUAACAGACCAAUGCUGCCGCAGGAGUAUGCAGUGGAAGCUUAUUUCAAGCACAAACCAUGAGUGUGCACGAAGAUCUGCUGACAUGGAUAGAAACUAUAAAGAUGGAGGGGAAGGAGAGACAGUUUUGACCUUUCUCACAUCUUCUCUUCCUCGUGACAUCCUCAUCAUCCACUGUUAUGCAUUUUCCCCUCUCUUGAGCAAAUCAGUGCCAAUGCCCACUCAUACGACGUGAGAUGUGACACUUGCAGAGUCAGAAUGGCUGCUCACAGGUGAAGUAUUGGGUUUGCCCAUCUGCUCUGUAAGCAGACAUUUGACAUAACAUAAGAAUGUGUCAUUAGGCAGCCUAAUCCCUUUUUAACAUUUAACUGAAAAAGGUCUGCUAAGGUACAAACAUUUUACACGCCUGUGUAAUUGUUUGAGUGGAAUAAUAUUUAAUUUUUAACUAUUUAUACAUUUUAUUCAUGAUGUAAAGCUUCAUCAUGCUUUGAAAAUAAGCACUGAACUGAACCCAAGAACAAUUUUUGUCUGGGCUUUUAAAGUUAACAUGACAUUUUUGUAUUUAAAGCAACUUAAUAGGGGCCAAUAAAUUAUAAAGAUUAUAGAAAAAAAGGAAUAGAAAAGUGGGCACACUUAUGGCAGUGGGCUCUCCUGGGUUACAUUUUCACUCACUUCCUGUAAUAUUUAGGUGCUAGCAUUUCUCCAUUUCUUCCACUAGAGAGCGACAAAGAGGAGUUUGAAAGAAUUUCUAAUCAAAAAUUGGAAAUCUUGUUUACCUCACCCAGUUGCACAUUUUGUCUUUUUGCUUUUAAUCUUUGAAGGACAGGAUUUGGCUAAAACAGUGUUAUCAAACCCAAAGAGGGAGCACAGUUUACUCAGUCUUAGUGGCAUUGACACGCACACAGAUAAGAGUUUCGUCGCUUGGAAAGAAACACCAGAAAAUUUGUGUGAUUUUAGAACUCUUGUUGCUAUUAAAGUCACGAAAGCCACACAA